AGUGCCGCCGUUGGCCGUUAGUUUCGUCUUUCGUAGCUGGCUCACAGAACACCACUGAUUUUUAUUCUAUGCAAAGUUGGUUCUUUAUUCGUCUGCUCCGGUUGCACGCCUGCCGUCCUCUUCCUGCUGCCCGCGUCCGCGAAAGUUUUGUUUGCAAAGUUUUGUUGUAAUUUAUUAAUUAGUAGCCAUAUCGCAGAAGAGUGCAGCUUCGACGCACUACGCACUGUACUUUCUGGACGGCAUCAUAAAAUACCAGGAAGUACCAGCUGUCAUUUGUGUUAGCUCGGUGCAAACACCAUGUCCCGGAAAAGCGCAGCAUCUGGAGGCUACAAGCGCAAGCUCAGCGGCAAGCCCGAGCCGAGCGAUGAACAGAAAAAUGACAUCAACGCCGCAUUCAAUUUAUUUGACCCCAGUGGCAGUGGUCUCAUGGAAGCGAAAGACUUGAAGUUCGCAAUGCGUGCACUGGGCUUCGAGCCUAGAAAAGAAGAGGUCAAGAAGCUGCUCGCAGAGAUAGACAAGCAAGAGACUGGCAAAAUAGCUCGAGAAGACUUCAUGAAUGUAAUGGCCACAAGAUUGGCAGAGAAGGACAUCAACGAAGAAAUUAUGAAAGCUUUCCAGUUGUUUGAUGAAGACAACACAGGCAAGAUUUCCUUUAAGAACCUCAAGAGUGUUGCAAAACAGCUCUCCGAGAAUCUAUCAGAUGAAGAACUGAAGGAGAUGAUAAACGAGGCUGACAGAGAUGGAGAUGGUGAAGUUAACCAGGAGGAGUUUCUUCGAAUCAUGAAGAAAACUUGCUUAUAUUGAACAUAAUCUGUGUUUCUUAUGCUACGGUUGACCAUCGAUGGCACAAAAUAUUUGUAAAAUUGAAGCAUCUGCCAACUCAAAGCCCAGCUGAGUGACUGCCGAGUGAGUGGGUGAAGCAUUAUCAUAGUGGUAGCACAAAAAUGUGAAAGAAAAAAGCCACACAGGGUAAGCACUGCCUUGUGUGGUUCUUUUCUAUGCGCCUUUUUUUUUAAUCAUAUUAUUUAUUUCCACCUUGAAGGCUUUGAAUAAGAGGAGGCAUUUACUAAAACUUCAAUAGCCAAAAAGAAGCAGAGAUAGAAUAUAAUUCACCAAUCUAAUAAAUGUACAGAACUAUUGCAAAAGAAUAUGUUGCAUAUUAGGUGAUUAGUACUAUAAUUAACCCAAGCAGAAAGGCAUACAGCAAAAUUGUACAGUGUACUUACUUGUACAUAUUUUGAGGCACAAGGCAACUUCAAAGGCAUUCCAUAGACUGAUGCACAGUGCAUUGCUGUGUGAAAUGAUUCCAUAGCAUUUCUUAAAGUUUCUGGUGGUUUUCUACAUAUGGUGACAGUAUUGAUAGGAGGACGAGUUGCAGAGUUGCAUUUGAGAAAGGAAUUACUCAUUGUUGAGGUGUGAUGAAAGCAGAUGUUCAGAACAUUGGCUUUAACUGUUGCCUGGCAUGUGGGUGAUAGCAGAUAGUACAUAAGACAUAAAUGCAAUAUAAAGCUGCUUGAUCCAAGUUGUGACAGUAAGCUUAGUUCUGAUUUUAGACAAAUGGGUUUACAAGAUUAUGGGUAACAUAGAAUGAAAGCUAUCACAUUUGUCUCUGUAUGAUAUACUGCAUCACUGAAGGAAACAGGGUAGGGCAAUAUCUUGCAAAAAAUCUAUUUUUUGUUUGUUAGAGAUUUGGAAUCCCGAGUUUUUCCUGAACAAUGCUGACUGUGUCACUUACGCAUGCGUGAUUUAUUUCCCCAGAAAAUGACCUUUUCCAAAACCUAUGCUCCAUCUCAGGAGUACCUUGCAGCACUGUGAAAGCUGCAGGGCUCAUUAGCCAAUAGGAAAGGCGAAAGCCCCUCAAAAUGUGUUCAUCCGCACCGCGCCAUCUUCUCGGCGUCCCUUUUGCAUCUGCUCGCCUGCUUUGUUGGUACUUGCUCCUCGCAGUUAAUAUAGCUUGUUUAUUAUGCCUGAAAAUGUAAGUAAACCAUAAGGCUAAUACCCCCCCCCCCACCCCCCACACACACAAAGCAAGAUAAAGUGUGGCUAUAGUAAUGUGAAGUAUAUUACAGCAGUCGUGAACCAUGCAUUGUUACAUGCUACAACUAAAGUCAACACGCAUCAAUUAUUGUGCUGACGAAACUUGCGUUAUACUGAAGCCAGACACCUCAAUUUUCGCUUGCCCGGUACAGUUUGUGGGUGCCACAAUCUGUGACAUACUGCGUGUACUGACUUUAAAAACAAUAAAUGAAUAAACAAAAUGUUUUUUCAAAGUAGAA